AUGUUUGGAAGCCCUUUGAAGCUGCCCCCGCUCUUUAUCAAGGAGCAGGAGGACAAGGCCACCAUGAUGAAGGUCCACACCCGCGAGGAGAACGACUUUUAUUGGGACAAGGACAAUGAGCCCCAUCAAGAGCGCCGCAAGCGCAUCCUUGCCGCUCACCCAGAAAUCAAGACCCUCAUGGGCCCCUGUCCCCGUACCAAAUGGGUCGUCUUGGCCACCGUCCUUUUCCAGUUUGCCAUGGCGAGCGUCGCCUCCAACUGGAGCUUCCCCGUGCUGUUGGUCCUGACUUACGCCGUCAGCGGCGUGCUCAACCACAUGAUGAUGCUCGGCGUUCACGAGAUUGCCCACAACCUCGCCUUUAAGACUCCCCUCUACAACCGCUGGCUCGCCAUCCUCGCCACCGUCCCCAUCGGCCUCCCCGUGGCCAACUCCUUCCGCCGCUAUCACCUUGAGCACCACAAGUACCAGGGUGAACACGAUGUCGAUGUCGACAUUCCCCUCCCCGGCGAGGCCUGGUUCUUCAACAGCACCAUCGGCAAGGCCGUUUGGAUGGUUCUCCAGCCCUUCUUUUACGCCCUCCGCCCCAUGUUCAUGCGCCCCAAGGUUCCCGGCCCCUGGGAGUUUACCAACAUCAUUGUCAACGUGGCCUACGACAGCAUGCUGUACUACUUCUUUGGCUGGCAAGCGCUUUUCUACUGCAUUGGUGGCUCCUUGCUGGGUUCUGGUCUUCACCCCGUUGCUGGCCACUUCGUUUCGGAGCACUACGUUUUCCUGCCUACCCACGAAACCUACAGCUACUACGGCCCCCUCAACUUUGUGACCUUCAACGUCGGUUACCACAACGAGCACCACGACUUUGCCAACAUUCCCGGCUCGCGUCUCCCUCAGCUCAAGGCCAUGGCCCCCGAAUUUUAUGACAACCUGCCAUACUACACCUCGUGGUCGGGCGUCAUCAUUGACUACAUCCUCAACGCUGAAAUGACUCCCUUCAGCCGCGUCAAGCGCAAGACGCUCUCGCCCAGCCUCAUGCAGGAAAUUUCCGAGCGCGAGGCUCGCACUCAGCGUUGGUGGUAAAUCGAGCUCGCUUCAAGCAUGCCGGAUGCCUUGCACAUCCUCGCUUCCCAGCUGUGAAUCUCGAGUGGCCAUGACCUGGUGCCACCACGUUCAAUGCUUGAUUCUUUUUUUUUUUUUUAAUCAUUCGUUUUGGCCUUGCCCCCACCUUUUUUUUUUUGGCGGGGGGCAUGUCACCAUCUUGGAAGAUACCGGUUUCCUCGAUCCUGUCUUCUGAUCGCCAAAAGAUUUUGCACUCGUUUGUAGUUCACGCGAUGGCUUGUAGCUCCAUCGCUUCUUCCUUUCUUCUAAGCCGGCUCGAUGAUGUCUUCUGUCUGUCUACAUGCGUGCGCUCGUUGGCCGCGACCCUCCUUAAACAAUCAAACACCGAUAAGUUCCCGGAAAGCGUUCCGGGUAUCAAUUUAACAUAAAAAUUC